AUGCAGAAGCAGCUUGAGCUGGAGGACGACGAAUGCACAGACAAUCAGGCGGCUGUAGACGAACUCAAAGCCAACGAAACACAGAUAAAGGCUCAGAUAGACGCACUGCAGGCAGAGAAUGAGGCGUUAAAGGGGGUGCUGGGGACAUUGCUAGAGCGACAGGAAGCUAUUAAGGAGGACCUCAAGCGCAAGCAAGAGGAUGCACAA